GAUUUUAAAGCAGCUCUUCAAUCUCUCCAGCGUGCGCUGGACAUACGCAUUAAACUGGUUGGAGAAAAAAACCAAAGUACUGCUGACUGUUACUACUCACUGGGGAGAACACAGCAUAAAUUGGGUCAUUUUAAAGCAGCUCUUCAGUCAAAACAGCGUGCACUGGGCAUACGUAUUAAACUGGUUGGAGAAGAACACCAAAGUACUGCUGACUGUUACUACUCACUGGGGAAAACACAGCAUAAACUAGGCGAUUUUAAAGCAGCUCUUCAGUCAAAAGAGUGUGCACUGGGCAUACGUAUUAAUCGAGUUGGAGAAGAACACCAAAGUACUGCUGACUGUUACUACUCACUGGGGAAAACACAGCAUAAAUUGGGCGAUUUUAAAGCAGCUCUUCGGUCAAAACAGCGUGCACUGGGCAUACGUAAUAAACUGGUUGGAGAAACCACCAAAUUACUGCUGACUGUUACUACUCUCUGGGCAUGACACAGCAUAAAUUAGGUGACUUUAAAGCUGCUCUUCAUUCAAAACAGCGUGCACUGCGCAUACGUAUUAAACUGGUUGGAGAAGAACACCAAUCUACUGCAGUUUGUUACUACUCACUGGGGGUAACACAGCAACAACAACGUAAUUUUAAAGCGGCUCUUCAGUCUCACCAGCGUGCCCUGGACAUACGAGUUAAACUGUUUGGAGAAGAACACCAAAGCACUGGUGACUGCCUCUAUGCACUGGGGAUAACACAGCUGAAACUGGGUGAUUUCGAAGGAGCUCUUCAAUUUUUCCAGCGUGCCCUUUACAUACGUAUUAAACUGUUUGGAGAAGAACACCAAAGUACUGCUCACUGUUACCACUCACUGGGGGUAACAGAGCAUAAACUAGGUGAUUUCAAAGCAGCUCUUCAAUCUCAUCAGCGUGCGCUGGACAUACGUAUUACACUGUUUGGAGAGGAACACCAAAGUACUGCUGACUGUUACUACUCACUGGGGGUAAUACAGCAUCAAGAACGUAAUUUUAAAGCGGCUCUUCAAUCUUUCCAGCGUGCCCUGGACAUACGAGUUAAACUGUUUGGAAAAGAACACCCAAGUACUGUUAACUGUUACUUAAAUCUGGGGAUAACUCAGGGUAAACGAAGUGAUUUUAAAGCAGCACUUGAAUCCUUCCAGCGUGCCCUGGAUAUAAGUAUUCAACUGUUUGGUGAAGAACAACAAAGUACUGCUGACUGUUACCACGAACUAGGGAAAACACAGUAUGAAGUAGGUGAUUUCAAAGCAGCUCUUCAGUCUCACCAGCGUGCGCUGGACAUACGUAUUAAACUGUUUGGUGAAGAACACCAAAGUACUGCUGACUGUUACCACGAACUAGGGAAAACACAGUAUGAAGUAGGUGAUUUCACAGCAGCUCUUCAGUCUCACCAGCGUGCGCUGGACAUACGAAUUAAACUGGUUGGAAAAAAACACCAAAGUACUGCUGACUGUUACUACUCACUGGGAAUAACACAGCAUAAAUUGGGUGAUUUUAAAGCCGCUCUUCAGUCAAAACGGCGUGCACUGGGCAUACGUAUUAAACUAGUUGGAGAAGAACACCAAAGUAGUGCUGACUGUUAUCACUCACUGGGGAAAACACAGCAUAAAUUGGGUCAUUUUAAAGCAGCUCUUCAGUCAAAACAGCGUGCACUGGGUAUACGUAUUAAACUGGUUGGAGAAGAACACCAAAGUACUGCUGACUGUUCCUACUCACUGGGGAAAACACAGCAUAAAUUAGGUGAUUUUAAAGCAGCUCUUCAGUCAAAACUGCAUGCUCUGGGCAUACGUAUUAAACUGUUUGGAGAAAUCCACAAAACUACUGCUGACUGUUACUACUCGCUGGGGAUAACACAGCAUAAAUUGGGUGAUUUUAAAGCUGCUCUUCAGUCAAAACAGCGUGCACUGGGCAUACGAAUUGAACUGUUUGGAGAAGAACACCUAAGUACUGCUGAAUGUUACUACUCACUGGGGGUAACAGAGCAUCAACAACGUAAUUUUAAAGCAGCUCUUCAUUCUCACCAGCGUGCGCUGGACAUACAUAUCAAACUGUUUGGGGAAGAACACCAAAGUACAGCUGACUGUUACUACUCACUGGGGGUAACACAGCAUCAACAACGUAAUUUUAGAGCGGCUCUUCAAUCUUUCCAGCGUGCCCUGUACAUACGAGUUAAACUGUUUGGAAAUGAACACCCAAGUACUGCUAACUGUUACUUCAAUCUGGGUAUAACUCAGCGUAAACGAAGUGAUUUCAAAGCAGCAAUUGAAUCCUUCCAGCGUGCUCUGGAUAUAAGUAUUCAACUGUUUGGUGAAGAACACCAAGGUACUGCUGACUGUUACCACGAACUGGGGAAAUCACAGUAUGAAAGGGGUGAUUUCGAAGCAGCUCUUCAAUCUCACCAGCGUGCGCUGGAAAUACGUAUUAAACUGUUUGGAGAAGAACACCAAAGUACUGCUGACUGUUACUACUCACUGGGGGUAACACAGUAUGAACUAGGUGAUUUCAGAGCGGCUCUUCAAUGUCACCAGGUUGCACUUGGCAUAAGUAUUAAACUGUUUGGAGAAGAACACCAAUGUACUGCUGACUGUUACUACUCACUGGGGGUAACACAGCAUCAACAACGUAAUUUUAAAGCAGCUCUUCAAUCUCAUCAGCGUGCGCUGGACAUACGAGUUAAACUGUUUGGAGAAGAACACCAA